AUGUUAGUAAGGGUUCUUAGUACACCCUCGCUUGUCAAGAGGCUGCUGCUCAUACUGUUCACAGGUUCAGUUCAGUCCAGUUUUUUGCCCCCAAAAUGUGUGACCGUGGACCGCAACCGGUCUAGGACUGACCCAGAUAUUGAGGGAAUUGAACUGAACCACCUAGGACCAGUCUUUUGCAGUCCAUGGAACCAGUUCAGACCGAUCCAGACCGGUUUUUUUGCAUAUAAUUCAUUGUACCAAUAUAAACCAUUUGUAUCUCAACUAUUAUUACUCUUAAAAAUAAAUGGGUUAUAUAAUAUAGUAAAGCAUGUGAAUACCCUAGUUUUUAAGAGAUUUAAUGAAGGUUUGACAUACAGUUGA